AUGCCGGUAACCAUGGAGACACCCGGGCGUGCUGAGCGACCAGCAGGGCAGCUCGGGGGGCCCGGGGGGCGCUCGAGAUCGACGUCGGACGCGGCCCCCGAGCGAGUUGCCGCGUCGAGCACCACCACGUCGCAAGAGGAAGAGAGCCCUGGAGCCGGCUACGUACGAGAGCGCCGCGACGCGCUGCACCUCCUGAGCACUGCCGGCACAGCUGGCGGUGGCGGCGUCAGCAUCAGCAAGCCAGCCCUGAGUCAAAUCCCCGAGGAGCCCAGCACAUCCACCACCGAGGAGGGGCCCGUGCCAUCAUCCUCUGCCUCGUCUUCGUCCACCUCGUCCACCGCUGCCGCCAAGAAGGCUUCUGCAUCCUGCCACACCCUGCACUGCCCGGGGGCAUCCCUCGGCGGGUUCCGCCCGCCUGGAUACCCGCUGGACCCGAGGAACGGCUGCAUCGACUCGCCGUACGCCGCUCCUCACCCGCUCUUCCCGGCGUUCCACCCGCCGAUCCCCCUGGACAGCCGCCACCACGAGGGCCGCUACUACUUCGAGCCGCCCCAUCUCCACCCCUUGCAUGGCCCUCCGAUGAUCUCGUCAAGGCUCGCGAUCUCGGACGUGCGAUUCUCCCCACACCACGGAGUCUCGGGGCUGGAGGCCCCGUUCAGCCCGGCCCACGCGCAUGCGCACGCACACGCGCACGCGUUCGUCAGCCCGUAUGUGGAGCAAUACCUGCGCUCCAUGCACAGCAGCCCCUCCCUAUCGGUCAUCUCGGCUGCCCGUGGGCUCAGCCCUGCCGAAGCUUCCCAUGAGGCCCUGAAAGAGCGGGGGGCCUUCACCUUCCCGACGCCGCCACCUGGCGCCGCCUCAGCCGAGUACUACCAGCACCUGGCGCUCAUGGCCAGCCAUGGGAGUCCGGCCUACUCAACGGGAAUGCUGCCACCCCACCCGUCCCUGGGCCCCACCGGCCUGCCCCUUGACUACAUGCACCACCUCGACGCCGCCUCCCGCUACUCGAGCCCACGUCCACCGGGGGCGUUUGCCGGCGUGGGGGGCGCCCGGCUGAGCCGCAAGCGGGCACUGUCUAUCUCGCCGGCGUCCGAGACGGGGCUGGACUUGCACGCCAUGAUCCGCUCAUCACCCAACUCGCUGCUCGCCUUCCUCAGCAGCUCGCGCAGCAGCUCGGCGGCCAGCGGCUCCUACGGGCACCUGUCGGCUAGCGCUGUCAGCCCGGCCAUCGGCUUCCCGAGUGCCCCCACACCGAUGGCCUUGCAGCAGAUCCUGAGCAGGCAGCGCUCGUCCUUCGGUCACACGCCACCGCUGCCGCCUCUCUCCGCCACGCACACCCCCUUGCGGCAUCAUUUGGGCUCCGGUGGCUCAUCAGGCCGGACCGACGCCACUGAGAGUAAGUCGGGCGGCGAGGCGGCUGUGAGCAGCACGGGCGACCCGCAGGCCCACACCAAACGCACCAAGGCCAAGAUCGAGGUCUCGGCCAUGGCGGCUGCACUCGUCACGCAGGAGCAGAUGACCCAGCUCGAGGAGGAUGCUGACCGCGACGAGCUGAAACAGGAGCCCGAGGCUGUGUACGAGACGAACUGCCACUGGGAGGAGUGCUUGCGCGAGUUCGACACCCAGGAACAGCUCGUGCACCACAUCAAUAACGAGCACAUCCACGGGGAGCGCAAGGAGUUUAUAUGCCGCUGGCGUGACUGCAGCCGGGAGAAGAAGCCCUUCAAAGCGCAGUACAUGCUGGUGGUGCACAUGCGGCGCCACACGGGAGAGAAGCCCCACAAGUGCACGUUUGAGGGCUGCGCCAAAGCCUAUUCUCGGCUGGAGAACCUCAAGACGCACCUGCGCUCACACACGGGCGAGAAGCCGUACGUGUGUGAGCACGAGGGCUGUAACAAGGCCUUCUCCAACGCGUCCGACCGUGCCAAGCACCAGAACCGCACGCACUCCAACGAGAAACCGUACGUGUGCAAGAUUCCCAGCUGCACCAAGCGUUACACGGAUCCCAGCUCCCUGCGCAAGCACGUCAAGACGGUGCAUGGGCCCGAAGCGCACGUCACCAAGAAGCAGCGUGGCGGAGAUACCCCCAACCCCCGCGGGCCGUCAGGCGGGGGGGCCAGGGACCAGCCGGGCAGUGGGGGUGUGGGGGGCAUGCCUGGCGGGGGGGGCAAGAUGGGCCUGGGUAGCCCCGGCUCCACGCACUCCGACAGAAGGGGAAACGGCAAUGACGUGGAGAUAAAAUCCGUCAAAUCAGAGAAAUCGGUGAUGUCGCCAGGGAGCCAGUCGUCAUGCAGCAGCGAGCUCUCCCCAUUCAGCACCCAAGAGGCGACGGCGACGGCGGUAGUGGCGGAGGGGGAGGAGGCAGAGCUGGGCGAGGGCACCGGCCUCUGCGAGGUGGAGGGCGGUGGCGAGGAGCCUGGGGAGGAUGGGCCCGGCGUGGGGCUGCACGCUCGACGCUCGUCGGCCGCUUCCUCCACCGCCCACCGCCUCGAGCACAUGAAGCAGGAGCGGCUGCGCGGCGUCAUCGCCGCCGACUCGUGGGCUGCAGAGACCAGAGGGGGCACGCGAGGGGGACCCGGGACAGUCAAGCUGCCUCCCAUCAAUGGUCACCAAAACGUCAAUGGCUGCCCAACCAUAAUCCCAGUGAACCCCCGCGGGCCUGAGCUUUACCCCAGUGACCUGAUGUCACUGAACCGCCUCAACGAGCGUCGGGAUAGCGCUACCAGUGACCUGAGCUCGGCCUAUCUGAGCAGCCGGCGCUCAUCUGGUGUGUCACCCUGCCACCUAAAUGGAUACCGCCGCCAUCUCAGCACGGCCGAUUCCUACGACCCGAUCUCCACUGACGCCUCACGCCGCUCCAGCCAGACCAGCCAGGGCGGCGGUGGUGGUGGUGGCGGCGGUGCAGGGCACAUGCCAGGCCUGCCAGGCCUGCCAGGUCUCACACCUCUGCAGCAGUAUCGUCUGAAGGCCAAGUAUGCAGUUGCCACAGGGGGGCCGCCCCCAACGCCGCUUUUGCACAUGGAAAGAAUGGGGCUGAGGAGCCGCAUGGCCCUGAUGUUGGACGGCGAUGGCGACAUGCGGGAGUCAAGCGCCGCAUCACACUCGGGACAGCACUUCUCUGGGCAGCACCAGCAGCAACAGCAGCGGCGGUGCAGUGAUGGAGGGGUGUGUGGCUACGGCACGAGCCGCACUCCGCUGCCACACGAGAUCCCGGGCAUCGGAACGAGAAGAGCGAGUGACCCGGUACGCAAACCCGGUGAUAACGUCAACCAUCCAGGCCUGUUCCACAGUCAGCUGCCGCAGAGGCUUGGGCAACCACUAAAUACCACUCAUCAGUAUCAGAGUCGCCUUCAGGAGCAGCAAUAUCAGCACCAGUACCUGCAGCAGCAGCAGCAUCAGCACCACCAGUAUCAGAGAUACAACAGCUUGAACAUACUGCCGCACCUGCCGCUGUCGGACCGCCGACGCGGUGGACUCAGGGCCAGCGGCUACACGCGCUCUGACGGGAGCCUGCAGCGCAGCAUGUACUCGCCACGACCACCCAGCAUCAGCGAAAACGUUAUUAUGGAGGCCAUGGCGAUGGAGGGAGAGGGCCACAUCCCAGAAGAAGACAUGGUUCUUCCGGACGAUCUGAUGCAGUACAUUGUGGCUGAGGAGAACGGCCUGACGGGUGGCCCGGGCCCCGUGGAUGGAGGCAUUGGGUACGGGGAUCCGCAGCACGGCUACCAGGGCGCCAUGAACAUGUACAGUCAAGCCAAUCACAAUACCCUCAAUGCAUCGACCAGCCAUCAGCAAGCGAUGGUCACGGAUAAUGGGUUCUCUCAGUCGCACCAAGCAAUGAAUUCUUGCCAACUGAGCCCUGCCAAUCAGGCGCAGUAUCAUAGCCCCAAUCAUAUCAUGCCAUCGGAUUCGAACAAAAAUAAUUUGCCCAUCCAGUGGAAUGAGGUCAGUUCAGGCAGCAUGGACAACAGCCCUGGUGGCAACCCUGCUGUGCCCCACCGCAGAACAAUUACAAAUCCCAACCUUGGGUUAAUGCGACAAAACGAAGUUUACAGCCAAUACCAGGCUCCUGUGGGUCCUCAGCAGAACCACUAUCAACAGAAUCUGACGAACGGAAGCACCCAGCACCAGCAAAAUCAGUUUAAUUCCUCACGACCCAGUCGCCUGCAGGCCAGUGCAAGUCAGGGCUACGUAAUGCAGGCAGGCCCAGCACAGGCAAGCCCGGCGCAGGCGCAAUCACAGCACGUGUGUCAAAGUGGUCUGGUGGUGAGCCCAGGCUCCGUCCAGCGGCCCCACGCAUGUGGCAACACGCAAGCAAGUCCCGGCCAUCAGGCCAGCUGCAUGCAACAUCCACAGAUUAGGAAUGGCCUGCAUGCCUGUGCACAGGUGGUGUCUGCAACCCCAGCCAAAGGAAUGACCAGCCAGAACGUUUCCCAGUCCCAGCAAGGGUACAUAGUGCCCCAGCAGGGACUAGGUAGCCUCUGCGGCGAUCAGAAUCCAGCCACGAUGAUGAUGAACCGAGGCAGUGCGCAGCAAGGUGGGACGAUGGGAGCGGGAGGCCACUCGGGCUACGGCUCUCCAGCCCACACAGGCGUGAGCCCAGGCCGUGCAGCUUUCCCAUCUCAGUCGCAGAAUCCAGCACUGGGCCUAGGUCAGCAGAACUACAGCUCUACCCAACUCCUGCAGGGCACGAUGCGCCCUCGCCCUCCUGCUUAUGCAAAGUCAGGUGGAGGACAGAACCCCUUCUCAUCAAAUGGAAACCUUCAACAGUUGGCGCACUCGGGAAGCUGUGUACAACCUGUCAGUGCACUUGGUUCCAAUUCCAGCAGAGCAAUGAGGACGCAGGCAACUGGACAAUCCAACGUGAUGCUCACCCGUGGAUCAGCGACACACUAUACUGGGCAGAUUCAAAUGUACGAUGGCGGAAUGGCAAAUUUCAGCGAGCAUAGCAAUGUCGAGGGAGGUGGCAACUUCCAUCGCCAGUCGAUGAGCUGUAACCCUCACCAACACCAUCAUCAUCAGCAGCCACAGCAGCAGCCUCACGUGACAGAAAGGGAUAGCCUACAGAAGCCCACAGAGAAAAUGUUGUCACCAGGGGCUGAUCAGGUGACGAGCAGCACAUCCAUGGACAUGUUGAGCUUGGAGGCCUCGCUGCCUUCUCAGAUAGACUUUGAGGCCAUGAUCUUGGAUGAUGGUGACCACUUCAGCCUGGUGUCGGGCCCACUGAGUCCCAGUCUCCUCCAGAAUCUCUCCCAGGCAUCGUCACGCCUCACGACCCCACGCGACUCCAUCACUCUCCCUCCAGGGCGGGUGGGCACGGUCUCCGCUGGCAUGGGCCUCAUUGGACUCCCCGGGGUGGCCCCACCGCUCCCAACAGUCACCUCAGGGAUGUCCAACAUGGCCAUCGGGGACAUGAGCUCCAUGCUGUCCACGUUGGCCGAGGAAAGCAAGUUCCUCACCUUGAUGCCUUAACAAUCUGUAUUCAAAGAACUGUUGGAACUUGAGGAGCACAUCUGAGAUGAAUAAAGGUUAUUUUUAAAUGCUUAAAAGGCACGAACAAGGGAUAUAGAUUUAGGCAGAUUUUUUGAUUGAAAACUUUUUUUCAAGUGAAAUGCCAAAUCUUGAUGAAGAUUGUCUUGUUAACUGAAGGCCAACAUCUAUAUAAUUAUGUAAACAUGUAAUAAGAGUUUUUCCUCUGUGUAUAUAGGUGCACAACGGUCACUUGAAAAUUCUCAUAUGCAUUCCUUGAAGCAGUAACACAAUGGUCACGUGUUGGUGCAUUGGAUUUUGUUUGAGACAAUGAAGACGUACUUCUUUCGUCUUCAAGCAACAGCAGCCAUCAGUACCUGCCACUCUCAUUUAAUAACACAGGGUAUACUGACUGCAGUAAAUACAAGCCAUCCCCAGUAUAACCUGAAUUGUUACAAAGCAGCAUUCCAAACAGUGUGACUUUUCCACCCAUUUGGCUUGUGUCGCACAAGAAUGCUGGGCCGCUGAUGUAUGUCUUACGUGCCCAUGACGUGUGCGAUGCAGGCACAUGUCACUGCCAGUGAUCCUGAGCAAUCAGAAGGCCUCACCUACAGAGCUUUCAUAUGCAUUGAAUGUUCACCAUUCACUUUGUCAUCAAAUCGGCUUUCCAAUUUCCGAUCAGUUUAAUAUUAUUAACGCUAUAAUUUUUUUGAAAAUACAGUAUUUUGUCAUGCAUAUUUUCAAAUGCAUAUUAAAAUUUAAUUCGAAAAUAUGCGAGUGAAAAAUACGUCGUGAUGCAAUCCACUAUAUUGGUUUAUUGCCUCUAUGCUUUUGGUACCUACAACGAACGUUGGAUCUUAUUUAGUUGAACGCUAUUUUUCAUUGAAACACAGUUGAAUCACCCCGAGUUUAUUUUUUUGUACCUGACAAGCGACAACCUCAAUAUUGUUGCCAACUGUUUGAGAUACAUUGAAAGUAAAAACAGCUGCGACUAUGUUCGUCCUAAGUGAGUCAUCAAAUGUUACGCCUCCCUAUCGCAUAAUUAUGUGGCAUGCAAUGCUGGAUGGUGUUUACUUUUUAAAUUUAAACCUUUUUUGCUGUUCGUCUAAUGUUGCCCAGAUAAUUGUUGAAAAAAAUCCAACACCUCCAGCCAAGCACAUUCAUAACCAGGCAGAGCAUGAUGCACAAUAAUUAUUUUGUCAUUUUUUUCUUGCGAGCCGUUAAAAUAAACAUAUUACUGCAAUGAUGUCGUUUGAAAAAAAAACACGAUACUUUUUGUCACGACUUAAUGCUGGGAAUUAGGAUGACUAAAUUGAAUAUGAUUUCAGGACAGCUUUUAUGAGACUGUCGUUGGCGGAGCUGUGAGCAUCACACUCAGCACGUGGGAACCAACGCACACUACAGAAACCACGCAUAAUGUGAACUGAUCCAUUUGUUCAGCACUACCCUCAGUUCCAAUGUAGGGACAAAAGCCCGUAGUCAAUUGUUGAAUUUAACACCCCGCUGAGGCUCACAUAGUUGCAACAAAUAGAGGCACUUUUUCCUCCCAUCUUUACGGAGGAAGAAGUUCCAUUUUAGAUUUUUAUUGAGCUCUCGGAUAAAUAAAAAUCAAAGAAUUCCAAGGCAAAACUAGAUGUCAUGAAAUACGACUUUUACAAUCAAUUUUAGCUGUUGUGUGCAUUUCAAAAUGGACAACUCAAAAGCAUUGAUGCUUUGCAUCAUGUUUCAUGCAUUUAUAAGCUUGUACUGGAAUACAGGAGCUCGUGUUUCUCUUUGAAAGGAGUUAUCUUUUUUCGGUAACAUUUUUUAAGUGUUUGAAAAACUGUUUCAAGUAACACUAAACAUGAGUGAACAAGCAGUAAUGCAGAGAGCUGGGAUUGUCAGAAAUGUUCUCACUGCUUGAAAAAUGUGUUCAUAUUUGUACAUCUAUAUAUAAAAGGGAAAUUUGUGAAUAUGUGUGUCGUUUCGAAAUGUUUAGCAUACUUCCCGGACAUGCAACAAACUUGAAAUUUGGCAUGUGGGUAGUUUCCAGGCUGUACACGAUGCAAAAGGUAUAAAAAUUGACUUUUGUACUUUGGGGGGGGGGGCGGGGGCGCAUUAAUGCAUAUAUUUUGCACGGCAAGUGAGCGGUGACGUCACAUCUAUGAUGUCACCCGCAUGCGGUAGCGUCACGCGGUGUGCCUGUGACGUCACGCACCCCCCCCCACCCUCCGCGUAGGCUGUGUAUUAAUCCAAGACAAUAAUCCAGGUUCCGGACGAAGCCGGGUAGUAAAGCGAGUUAAAAUAUAUAACAAGACGCAUGUCAUCCAUGAAGGUCUAUGUAACAUUGUGUUUUUCUCCCUGAAUAAUUUCCAGGGAAAGCAUAAAAAUUGUAAAUAGGUAACUGAGAUGGCUCAGUGCUAUUCAGUGUCUUGGAUACCUAUCGAUUACACAACUGAGUAAAUUAUGCUGUAUUGUUGUGUUUUACAGUGUUUUGUAGGAUAUUUUUUCAGUUUAGCAUUUUUACGUUACUUAAAUUUUAUAAGUAUAUGUACUGUAAACCGUAUUUCUAUGUUACCAGGUACUGUAUCUUAUCAUUUACAUACCGAAAUGUAUUUACUGCUGUGUAUAUGGUUUUUAUUUUGCAUUGUUUCGAAGUUUCAAACCAUUGUUUUUGGACAUUUGAAUUAUAAAUGCACUGUUUGAGUUAUCGGCAAUGAUGCGUUUGGCAUGUGCAACAAAAUAAGGUUUUUGUUGGUCAGUGCCUUACACUUAAGAUGCUGAUUACAGUCAAUAUGUUUUCUUAAAUGAACGUGAAACAAUUAGAUCAUGUGGCUACUGCUCUUAUAAGCUUGCACGAGGAUUGAGUCAGCAUUACUGCAAAGAGAAGCAGUGGAGAAAAGUAAUACCUCAAUAUUUUCUACUUUACGAACAGUCAAUGAACAUGUAGGGAAACACAGCAAGCCAUUAUUACAUCAUGACCAAGGGAUUUUAUUAAGCUGUAUCAUAUACAUAUAAGUGGAUCAAAACUGAUAGAAUACACAAAAUAACGAACAAUCACUUUAAAAAAUCCGAGAAUAAAACAAGGGAAUGUCCUUUUGAAUGUCAACACUGUUGCUGAAUGUUAACGGGGAUGCUUACGACAGAAUUUUUCUUUACAGUUUUUAAGUGUUUUACUCAUGACAGCUAACAACAAUGUAGCAUCAUCAGCAACUCAACAUUCCACAUUAUAUACAAAGCAUAACUCCCUCUUCCAGCAGACUGUAACAUUCACGUUUCUUGAUGUUUGUCAACAUCAGGCAUCACAGCUAAGUGCUGUAGCUCGGUGUUCUAUUGUAAACGACUAUAUGGAGUUGUAAAUAUACAAGCAGCAGUAACUGAGAUUUAAGAAAUUUGAUCGUUUCAUUUUAAUGGACUGUCCUGCAUUAAAGAAAAAAAGCUCUUGAUAAUUUCUUUGGCUUCAUGCCACUGACAACUGCAAUGCAAUUGUCUCUCUCUGUAUAUGUAUAUGUUAUGAAUUUUUUUUAAUACAUGGCCAAAACUAAUGAAAACAGUCGCCUGUCGUCGUCGUGUGUGUGUGACGUGGUGUUUGUGGCAAUAAAUCUAAAUGACCA